CAGAAAAUUGAAAACUUGAUGGAGAUGGUGAAGAAGUUGCAGAAAGCGGGAAGCCUAGAGCCCAGGGUUGAGGUCCUGAUUAACCGGAUUAAUGAGGUCCAACAAGCAAAAAAGAAAGCCAGUGAGGAGCUGGGAGAGGCCCGGACUGUCUGGGAGACCUUGCAGAAGGAACUGGACUCACUGAGUGGAGAGAAAGUGCGCCUGAAAGAGAUCUUGAGUAAAAAGCAAGAGACCCUGAGGAUCCUCCGGCUCCAUUGCCAGGAAAAGGAAAGUGAGGCACAGAGGAAGCAAGCCCUGCUAGAGGAGUGCAAGGAGCGAAUCUGUGCCCUCAACUUCCAGAUUGAGGAAGAGAAGAGCAAACAGAGGCAGUUGAGAUUGGAUUUCGAGGAACAGUUGGAGGAACUGAUGAGCCAGCACAAGGACCUCUGGGAAUUCCACAGUCCAGAGCAGCUGGCCCAGGAGAUUGGCGCCCUGGACAGCAGCAAUGAGCAAUUGCUCAAGGAAGAGAAGCUGGUAGAAGCAAAGCUGGAGGAUGUGAAGAAUCGUCUGUGCUCCCAGUUUGGUACCAAGGGCUGCUCUGCCAUCACCGAGGGGCUCUUCCUGCGCAGCAAGGAGGCGGCAGCUGCAGUGCAUCUGUUUGAGGAGGAGACCAGAAAGGCCCAGGAGCUCCUGGAGGACACUGCCCAGCGCCACGAGCAGCUGCAGGGGGAGUGCCAGCAGCUGCAGCAGAGGAGGCAGAGGCUGAAGGAGGAACUGGAAAAGCUCGGAGUGCAAGUCACUGCGCAAGCCCAGAGCAAACAAGAGGAUGGGGCCAGCCCAGAAGAAGCUGCCAAUCCAAAGCCCCUUGGAGUCAGCGAAGAGAAAGACCUAGAGCUGCCCACUGAGCAGGGCCUGAUACCCUCCUAG